AUUUUAUAAUUAUUUAAUUUCCACAAAUCGAAACUUUUGAAUAUCAGUAGAUAUAGUUAAUUUCCUUAAGAAUCAAAACAUUUUGAUGACGACUACGUCAAGUUAAAGACACCGAUUUGAUUGAUGAUCGAAAAGUACCGAUUCCUGUGACAAAACGGUUGAUUUCAUCCGGAUGACAUUGCGACGACAUCCAACAACGAACGCAUAGGCGGCGAUAAUUCCUCGAUAAUAGCUCGAUAACGUCCCAUGGAAUUUCAUCAGAGCAGUGCAGCGACGGCGGCGUUCGACGACGCUGCGACCAUCAACACGCCAAAAAUCGCUUCGCCUUUCUACCGACACAACAUGACUUCCGAUAAACAAAGUGCCGGCUCUAAUUGCUGUCGAAUAUGUCACGAAGAUGAAAGUUCGGAAGAAUUGAUAGAUCCUUGCAAAUGUUCCGGUACAUUGGGCCUAAUCCAUGCUUCUUGUUUGGAAAAAUGGUUGUCCAUGUCGAACACCGAUCGUUGUGAAAUUUGUAACCUGUCAUUCGAGAUACAGAGGAACUAUAAACCGUUAUUACAGUCUUUCAGACAAUGGUGGAGAACUAGAAACAGAUACGGACCACAAGGUAUAACUGGCGAUAUAGUGUGUCUGAUACUGUUAACUCCACUUUGUAUCGCGGCAACAUACUUCUGCGCAAUUGGCGCAUCCGCUUAUACCAAGCUUGGUUUUUGGGAGGGAACAGGCUUGACUGCCCUUUGUAGCAUACUGGUAGCCACUUAUUGCUUGUGGUUGAUUGUCACUAUCAGGUUUCAUUAUAGGUCGUGGCAACAAUGGCGCACAAGAAAUCAAGACGUUAAGUUAAUAGUAAAGCACAAGCCCGAAACAUGUACCAUCGAAUUCUCAAAUCCUUUGGAAGAUGAAUUUAAGAUUUAAAAGCAUCCAAUAAUUUUGAUAAACAAUUUACAAUUCAUAAAUUUCAUUGAAAUUGUUAAAACUACCGAAAUUACUAUCUGUAUAUUGUCAUAUUCGCGUCUUAAUUUGCCAUUAUAAGAAUCUUAUCUUCCUAUACUUUUAAAGUGAUUUGCUUUCCGAUCAUUUGAAAUAUGUACAUUGAUACGGUAUGAUGUGAGUACAGUCUGCUCAAAUCUGUACAACAAUACAAGUUUAUGUAAUAUCGUGCUAUUAAAUAAUUUAAAGCUCAGAUGUAUUUAACAUUGCGAAUGCGUCAAUAUUGUGAAUCGAUACUGUGUGAUAUUAAUAAGCGUUCAAAUAAUGAAGUACCUGAGCCGAGA